AUGUGGAUUGGUGUGCUUUUAAACCCAGAUGACACUGGAGAGAGAUUUGUACAAAAUGUUCUCCCCAUCUUUGCCCAGAAGGGUAUCUGUUUUGAUUUUAUAGAAAGUUUCCCUAAGGUUACCACUUCUGGUGAGUUUGAUGAAUUCGUGGAAGAAGGUUCUAAAACAACCGGCAUCAUUGUGGGAAGCACUGCCAAUGUUGUGGUUGUACAUGGUGAAAUUCACACAAUUAUGGCAAUGAGAGCAAUACCCAGACUUGCAGAAACGAAUGAUGUGCCAAUACAAGGAAAUACAAAAGUCUGGAUUAUGACAGCCCAGAUGGAUUUCACCUCAUUUCCCUUUCAAAGAGGUUGGGACAUCACAUUCCUCCAUGGGGCUCUAUCCUUUGCAGUUCACUCUAAGGAUCUUCCAGGAUUCCAGAAAUUUAUUCAGAUGAGAAACCCUACCUUGGAAAAAGAAGAUCAUUUUCUCAGGGUUUUCUGGGAAGAGGCAUUUAAUUGUGGUUUUCCCGACCCUGCUUCAGAGAAGAAAGAUGGCAAAUUCUGCACUGGGGAGGAGAAUAUUGAGAGCCUUCCUGGGUCUGUUUUUGAAACGAGCAUAACAGCCCACAGCUACAGCAUCUACAAUGCAAUCUAUAUUUUGGCACAUGCUUUGCACACCAUUCAGUCCACCAAAUUAAACUACGGAGCAAUGGCAGGUGGAGCAAGGUGGAAACUUACAGAUCUUCAGCCGUGGCAGCUCCACCACUUUCUGGAAAGUGUUUCACUUAAUAAUAGUGUUGGGGAAGAAGUUUCCUUUGACCAAAAUGGGAAAUUAAUAGCUGGAUUUGAUAUAAUAAAUUGGGUCACAUUCCCAAAUCAGUCAUUUCUGAGAGUCAAAGUUGGAACAAUGGAACCACAAGCUCCCCCAGAAAAGAGGUUAACCAUUCAUGAUGAUGGUAUCAUGUGGCCCAACUGGUUCAACCAGGCACAACCCACUUCUCUGUGUAAUGAGAAUUGUCAUGUAGGUUAUAGAAAGAACAAGAAGGAAGGAAAGCCAUUCUGCUGCUAUGAUUGCCUUCCGUGUCCAGAAGGAAAGAUCUCAAACAAGGAGGACAUGGACAACUGUUUAGAAUGCCCUGGAGAUCAAUAUGCAAACAAUGAACAGGACGGCUGCCUCCCCAAAGACAAAACAUUCUUGUCUUAUGGAGAACCAUUGGGGAUCAGUUUGGCCAUGUUGGCCCUCUUCUUUUCCUGCAUCACAGCUUUGGUGCUUCAAAUAUUCGCAAAGCACAGAGAUACUCCCAUAGUUAAAGCCAACAACCGCAACCUCACUUAUAUUCUCCUCCUUUCCCUCCUGCUGUCCUUCCUUUGUGCUCUGCUCUUCAUUGGCCAGCCUCAGGAAGUCACCUGCCUCCUUCGACAAACUGCUUUUGGCAUGAUCUUCUCAGUGGCAAUUUCAUGCAUAUUGGCCAAAACUGCCAUUGUGGUUCUAGCUUUCAUGGCCACCAAGCCAGGGUCCCGAAUGAGGAAGUGGGUAGGGAAGCCAUUGGGCACCCCAAUUGUUUUUUCCUGCUCCCUUAUUCAAGCCACAAUCUGUAGCAUAUGGCUGGCAACUUCUCCUCCUUUCCCAGACGUUGACAUGCACUCAAUGACUAAAAAAAUAAUACUAGAAUGUAAUGAAGGCUCCACUGUCAUGUUUUAUUGUGUCCUGGGAUUCAUGGGUUGGCUGGCCAUUGUGAGCUUCAUGGUGGCUUUCCUAGCUAGAAAGUUGCCUGACAGUUUCAAUGAAGCCAAAUUUAUCACUUUCAGCAUGUUGGUCUUUUGCAGUGUGUGGUUGUCCUUUGUUCCAUCCUACUUGAGCACCAAGGGGAAAUAUAUGGUGGCUGUGGAGAUCUUCUCCAUCUUGGCCUCCAGUUGUGGGUUACUGGGCUGCAUCUUUAUCCCCAAAUGCUAUGUUAUUUUACUGAGGCCUGAGCUGAAUAGCAGGGAGCAGCUAAUAAGGAGACAGUUUUAA